AUACCCAAUCUCGCAAGAUAAAGGAAUUCUCGUUAAAUAAGUCAGGGGAUCGUUGCUCGUGUCUUACACACGUGUUCGCGUGUUACGCGUACGAGAGCUCGAGAGCCGACUAGAUAGACUGUGGUUGUUCGCCGGUUGCCGAUUGCACGGUCACGAACGGAACAUUUGCAUUGCGUUGCUGACCAAGCAAGGUUACUGACCAAGCAAGGAGCAAUUAUGGCUGGAGUACGGAAAUUGAAGCCUUUGUUUGAUCGUAUCUUAGUGGAGAAAUUUGCUCCAGAAUUGAGGACUAAGGGAGGCAUUAUGCUGCCUGAGAAGUCUCAGGCUAAAGUACUAGAUGCAACGGUAUGUGCUGUAGGUCCUGGAUCCAGAAACCAGAAAGGAGAAACAAUGCCAGUGAGUGUGAAAGUUGGAGACAGGGUUUUACUUCCUGAAUUUGGAGGAACUAAAGUUUCCCUUGAAGAAAAAGAGUACUUUUUAUUUAGGGAAGGAGAUAUUCUAGCCAAGUGGGAGGAAUCUGCCUGACAUUGAUGUUGCAAUCUUGACAUAGCUGUAAACAUUGUAAUUAUAAAGCCACCCAAAGCGAGACCAGACAAAGCCGGUGUAUUAACUGUACAUCUCCCUGUCAGCUAUGGACACAUACACACCCUGCACUUGUAUAGAAAUGUUGAAUACAAUGUUGAUUGGAACAAGAUGAUCCGACAGGCUGAAUGACAGUUCAAGUCAGUUAUAGGGACUAUUGAUGUGCUGUCUGAUCACAGAUGCGUUCCACAAAAGACAGUGACUUUAUGAGGAUUAUGUUGCAUUUUAUUUCUUAUAAAUCUCUCUGUUUAAAUAUGAUUGACAUAAUACGUAAAUCAUGCUGAAUUAUAUAUUUACACACCUGCCCGAUAUUCUUAGACUGUCAUUGUUUUCCAGGCUGAUGGCCUGUAGUGUGUUUUCAAAAAUAUGUGAGAUUUGAGGUUGCAUUAAGUGUUAAGUAUAUGGUAACAAAAAGAUUUAACAUAACAUGAGUGAUUUUACUUCAGAGUGUAGAACUGUGCUUAGACAUUAGACUUUUCCUUACCAUUUAUCAUAUUUGUCAUAUCAAUUUUUUUUCUGUUAGUAAAUUCAAAUUGAUAUCUUAUCAGAGCAGUUUUGUGUCUAAUUUUACACUAUGGUACUAUUUUGCCAGUUACUGCAUGCAGCACAUUGACCCAGCUUGGCAGGUGUAGUAUUCCAUAUACAUGUACACAUUAAUUUUAUUGGUCUAUUCAUGGAAGCGUGCUCAUAUUUGGCAAAAAGGAAUCUAACUUAUCCAUUACCAAAUUUAUAUUCUGUUAAAGUUUGUAUGGUAUAUUGGCUGAAGACCAUCAAGUAAAGUCCAGCAACCUUUUCUCUGUUACUUUUGUUACUGACAAUAAAAAGUAAUUUCUUUGGCCAUGUCUGCAGUCAUA